AUGCGUCAGUGCCUUACUUCCGAUGAAGGUGGUUACUAUACGUCCCGUGGAACACCUGGCAGUGAUGUCUUCGGCAAGGAGGGAGACUUUGUUACGUCACCGGAGAUAUCUCAAAUGUUUGGCGAGCUGCUAGGAAUAUGGAUAGUAACGGAAUGGCUGUCUCAGGGACGACGCAGCAGUGGAGUCCAAUUGAUGGAAUUUGGGCCAGGCAAGGGAACAUUGAUGGCGGAUAUAUUACGAGUAAGUCUCUCUUUACUUAAUGAGCAUGGAAUAUUGCAACUGAUGGGGGAUACGUAUCAGUCGGUUAGGAACUUUAAAGGGUUUGCUUCGAGUGUUGAGGGAGUAUACAUGAUAGAGGCCAGUCCAACGUUGCGAGAAAUCCAAAAGAAGGCACUCUGCGGAGAUGCACCGAUGGAAGAGUGUGAUAUUGGCUAUAAGAGCACUAGCAUUCACCUAGGAGUACCGGUUUACUGGACAGAGCAUAUACGCAUAUUGCCUCAGACCGAGGAUAAGGCACCAUUCAUCAUUGCUCACGAGUUCUUCGAUGCCCUUCCGAUCCAUGCAUUCCAAGCUGUUCACUCCCCUCCUCCAGAAACAAUCAAUACACCGACUGGACCGGCUGAACUUCGACAACCUUCGCUACCCCUGAAUGGAACACAAUGGAGAGAGCUGGUUGUUGCUACAAACCCCGAGGCAGAACGCGAGCCCGAUGGCGACGACAGUAGCGUCAAGAACGACAAGAAGCUUGAGUUCCGACUAGCACUCGCAAAGUCUCCUACUCCGGCAUCGCUCGUCAUGCCAGAAAUGUCGUCUCGGUACAAGGCCCUUAAGUCGACUCGUGGAUCAACAAUUGAGAUCAGCCCGGAAAGUCAUACCUACGCCCAAGAAAUAGCCCGGCUGAUAGGAGGACCCAAUCCAACUGAUAAAAACCCUUCACCGACCCGCACCCCAGCUGGCGCAGCGCUGAUACUUGAUUAUGGCCCAUCGUCUACCAUCCCCGUUAAUUCUCUGCGCGGAAUCAAGAACCACCAGGUCGUGUCGCCCUUCGCAACCCCUGGAGAAGUCGACCUUAGCGCUGAUGUGGAUUUCACUGGCCUUGCUGAGUCUGCUCUCGAUGCUAGUCCUGGUGUUGAAGUAUACGGCCCUAAUGAGCAGGGGAGCUUUCUACGCUCAUUGGGUAUUGCAGAAAGGGCGGCCCAGCUUCUUCGCAAUGUGAAAGAUGAGGAGAAGCGCAAGCAGAUAGAAAGCUCCUGGCAGCGUCUCGUUGAGCGUGGGGGCGGAGGGAUGGGCAGGAUCUACAAGGCCAUGGCUAUUGUUCCAGAGAGCGGGGGCAAGAGACGGCCGGUAGGUUUUGGUGGUGAAGUUCGGAUGUAA